AUGUGCAUCGCCAUCGUAAAGAAUCACAAACACAACACCGUAAUAUCAACAGACAACGUCAUCAGCAUUUUAUCAUCUUCAUCACCAACACACCAGUUCCAGGCGAUCAUAAGCUCAAGCUCCAUUUUCAUCUUCACGACGCGAGCCUUCAAAACAACGUACGACGUAUGCAACAACAAGUAUCAUACGAUCAACAUGAUGAUCAACUCUGCCGGAGUAACGCUAUCCGUCGAUUCCAUUUACCAGGAAUCCAAACAGUUCGACUCCACAUUUGCCUAUGCCGCCCCGCUCAGUGUCCCUAUCUACCUUGGGGGCGUCAAAGAUCCAUUGUGGAACAUUCCAGGCGUCUUCUCCAGUACGAGCAUGCUUGGCUGCAUUCAGAGGUCCUAA